AUGCAGCCUUCGUCCUUGCCUAUUCCCAAUGAUGGAUCUGCCAAUGUAUACGAUGCAACUUCAGACUUGUAUGUGACAGACAUACAACUCGACGAAAAAUUGGUCAAUCAGUCGCCCCAUCAUGAAAUAAAACUUAAACGAAAGAAUCCGAAAGUCGUGCUAGACCCGUUAGCCCCCGACUAUAGGACAUUGUUCCUAGAUAAAGGGACUGUGAUUGCGCCUGAUGAAAUCCUACACGAAACAAGGCCUCUGGCUUUGAAUAUUCCACUCAAGCUGCGGGAAGAUUUCCCGGACCCGAAGGCGCUACCGGAUUCAGAUCUACUAAGAGCAAUACACUACUAUGCCAGUUCGUCUAGGGUGCCGAGCCACAGCAUGGAUGAAACGGCACUCUUGGCUUUAGGGCUUUUGCUUGAGCAGUGGGCAGAAGAAGAAAUU